CCGCCCCGCGCUUGUGUCCGGCCGGAGGUUCAUGGUGCGCGGGCAGAAGGUUCCGCGUUGUUGCGUCAGGGGGUGCAGCUCUGUUCGGAAAUUAUUUGGAGGAGCUCGCGGCUCCGAGACUUGGGAAAUUCUUAGGCAUGGUUACCUUAUCAUUAUUCUCCCUAUCCUUGUAUCAGCACACUCUGGAGCGAAGAAUCUGGAGCUGGGGGCGUUGCUCAAGGGCGCUUGCUUAGCGUGUUCAAACCUCAGCAACUAACACGCACAGAGUCCAAGGAUGUAUUCAUUAAAAGAAAUACCAGGUUCUCGCCGGGCGUGGUGGCGCACGCCUUAAUGCCAGCACUCGGGAGGCAGAGGCAGGCGGAUCUCUACAGCAUCCAGGCCAUCUAUGUAGUCUCAGGGGAGUCGAUGGAGCUGCCGUGUCCUUCACCUCCCUCACUGCAUGGGGAGCAGCUCCUGUCUUGGUUCCGCAGUCCUGCAACAAGCUCUUCCACCAUUUUGGUGGCCCAGGUCCAAGUGGACAGGUCAGUCUCAGAUCUUGAGAAACCUGAAAAGGAUUCCAGGUUCAGACUCCUGGGAAACUAUUCUUUAUGGCUGGAGGGGUCCAAGGAUGAAGAUGCCGGGAGGUACUGGUGCACUGUGAUGGAUGAGCAACACAAGUACCGGAACUGGAGGGUGUACGAUGUCUCCGUGCUCAAAGGGUCCCAGUUCUCGGCCAAGUCUACAGAUGGCUCCUUUUGCUCUGUUCUCCUGUGCUCUGUGGUCCCAGCCAGGCGUCUGGACUCUGUGACCUGGCUAGAGGGGAAGAAUCCUGUGAAAGGACAUCCUCAGUACUUUUGGAGUGAUGGGGCUGCCUUGCUCUUGGUGUGUCCUUCGGAGGGGCUUUCUGACCCCAGGAGCCGUAGGCCAAGGACCAUCCGCUGCCUCAUGCCUCAGAACAAAAGGUUCAGCUUUAGCCUGGCAGCACCCACGGAUCCUUCUCCCAGUGUCUGCGCCUCUUUCCCGAGCUGGGAUGUGCCCUGGAUCCUGAUGCUGUUGGUCACAGGGGUGCAAGGAUUCAUCAUCCUGGCACUAGGGAUUGUGCUCUGGAGGCGGAGGGCUCAAAGAGCUCAAGACAGAGAUGCCUCGCUCCCUCACUUCAAACCUGAAAUCCAGGUCUACGAGAAUAUCCACUUGGCCCACCUUGGCCCACCCACCCACAAGACCAGGUGAUCUCCUGAAAGUGUGGCCUGCUGUCUGAAUCCCUGGCAUCUAGCACCUGAAGGAUUCCCUGACAACCUUGGCAAGGGGUGUGGGGUUGAGGGUAUGACUACUUCUGCAGGCCUCCAGAAGCCACCAAGCUGGAGGGGCAGGGACAACUGACGGGAGGGGGAGCAUUGUUCUGUGAUGUCACCUGCCAAAAGGUAUGGUCUUCUCUCUUGAUGCAGCCAGUGGAGGGUGGCCUUGAAGAAGUACUAACCACUCAGAAGUUAAGGGCACACACUGCUCUUUCAAAGGACCCAAGUUUGAUUCUCAGCACCCAUGUGGGGGAUUCACAACCACCUAUAACUCCAGCUUCAGGGGGAUCUGACGCCUCUG